AUCCACAAUCCACUUACACCCUUUUUCCAGCACCCAUUUACUCCCCAAAAUACUCCUCCAUACCAAACUUCGUAUGUGACCCACACCCGCAUCAAGAAAAAUCGAGGAAAGGAAUUGUAGUCACGCAACUUGUGCUCCUCCAAAGCUCCAUUCUUGAUGCUCCUUGUUUCUUUUGAAGGGUUCCGGAUUUGCCAACCAUCGAUAUCUACAUAUUUGUCCUAUAAUACAAGCUAGUCACUGGAGGAAAAUUACCCCUUACGAUUCCAACUUUCAAAAGUUCUGCAAGUCUCAUGGCAUUUUUAUGGAUAAAUUCAUCAACUUGUUUGUGUUCGUUUCCCUGAUUUCUCAAAUGUGUUGAAGGUUUCGAAUUUGGAGGCUGAUUUUCAGUUCAGAAAACAUGGAUGUUGCUUUGCCAUUGGAUAAACUGAAUGCGACCUCAAGCAUUUUAGAUGUUUCCUCGACCAGUUCAACCAAGGAGAAGAAAUAUGUGGUUUUAGUUGCAACUGGAAGUUUUAAUCCUCCCACUUAUAUGCACUUGCGAAUGCUUGAGUUGGCUAGAGAUGCAUUGAAUUCAGAAGGUUACCAUGUUAUUGGAGGCUAUCUAUCCCCUGUGAAUGAUGCAUAUAAGAAGAAGGGCCUUGUAUCUGCUGAACAUCGUAUACAAAUGUGUCAAUUAGCCUGCAAAAGUUCGGACUUCGUAAUGGUAGAUGCGUGGGAGGCAAAACAAACUUCCUAUCAGCGGACAUUGACUGUUUUAUCAAGAGUCAAGAGUUUUUUAUGCGAGAAUGGUCUUGUUUCACCAGGAUCCCUUCGGAUUAUGCUUGUCUGCGGUUCUGAUUUAUUGGAGUCGUUUGGAAUUCCCGGUGUUUGGAUACCAGAGCAGGUCCAGGCCCUGUGUAGAGACUUUGGCGUGGCUUGUAUUCGUAGAGAAGGUCAAGAUGUUGAAAAUAUUAUUUCAAGUAAUGGCAUAUUGAAUGACAACAAGAACAAUAUAAAGAUUGUGGAUGAAAUCAUCUCAAACCAAAUUAGUUCAACACGAAUAAGGGACUGCAUCUCAAGAGGGUUGUCUGUGAAGUAUCUAACAGCUGAUGAAGUGAUAGAUUAUAUACAAAAAAAUGACCUUUAUUUGCACCAACAAUCAGACAUCUGAAUUUAAAUUCUGCAAUUAUAGUUCAAGCCAUACUUUCAGAACUAUGGAACUGUAUUACUGUAACUAAAUAAAUUACGACAUGUAAUGACCAUAUGGGUUAUAAAAAUACUGUCCAGCAUGAGGUCACUUGGAUGCUUCACUAUCAUUUGAGUCACCACCUAUACCGAGAGCCAAACGUGGGCCGCUACUGUUUGUUCUACCAUCACAAACAGUAGCAGUUUACAAGCCUUGAUUCUCUGAGGAAGUCUUGAACAUGGCAAACUUAGGAUGAACCUGUCAUUUUUAUUGCUAGAUUAUUACUGCCAAUACAUGUAUCAAAACAAAAUAAAUACCGAAUUGUGAUUAUUUUUCGCUUUAAUUUAAAUGUUUAAUAUGUGAUCCA